UCUGUCACUCGUGUCAGUCACUUAUGUCUGAAAAUGUGUGUAUGUGUCAAGUGCCAGACAUGAAUUAUCUCUUACCACAUUUUCCGGCGUUGUAGAAAAGUCCGCAAUAAGUGCUUUUGUCUGGCAAACGAAAAGUGUCUUGAAUGGUAUGGUUUCCGGUUUUAGCAUAUUUUGUUUACCCAAAAUCUAAAAAUGUUGGUUGUGCACAUAUCAAAUUCAACGUUUCUGUAAGAAACACGUAAGCAUUUUUUGGAAAAUGACCAGCCCUUUCUUGGAAGCCCUGAUUGAAUAAAACCAUCAUGCUGCCACUAUCUCACAAAGAUACCCUCCAUCGGAGCUUUGGUUCCCGUAUCAAGGAGAAGAUCCAUGGAUGGAUGAGACUGAUUUUUUCGGAUCGUAACUCGCGUAACUUGUUCCUGUUCUUGAUUCUAAACUUGUCGUUUGCGUUCGUGGAACUAGUAUAUGGCGUGUGGUCCAAUAGUUUGGGUUUGAUUUCGGACUCUUUUCACAUGUUCUUUGACUGCACAGGCCUGCUAGCUGGUUUAGCGGCCUCUGUAAUAACAAAAUGGAAAGCAAACGAGAAGUAUUCGUAUGGUUACGUCCGCGCUGAGGUACUCGCUGGGUUCGUCAACGGCCUUUUUCUCCUCUUCAUUUCAUUCUUUAUAAUGUCAGAGGCUGUAGAACGUGCAAUUGAACCACCUGAGGUUAAACAUGAACGUUUAUUCGUCAUUUCGGUCCUUGGACUCUUAGUCAACUUGGUGGGUAUAUAUGCCUUCCAGCACGGCCACGGGCACUCUCACGGCGGUAGCCACGGCCACUCCCAUGGAUCUGGACAUGGGCAUUCCCACAACUCCCAUGGUCACUCUCAUGACUACACCCUGGACAUGGAUAUUUCCAGCAGCGGCAAUUCUCAAAUAAUGAAAGGAGUCUUCCUACAUAUACUAGCUGACACCUUAGGGAGUGUCGGUGUGAUUGUUUCGGCUGUGCUAAUGCAGAUGUUUGGAUGGUUAAUCGCUGAUCCAAUUUGUUCAAUGUUUAUAGCGAUUUUGAUUGCGCUCAGUGUUUUAGCGUUAAUUAAAGAUUCUGUUUUAAUCUUAAUGCAGAGACAACCGCAUGCCUUAGAUAAUGUUCUCCCACAGUGCUAUCAGAAGGUUGUUAGUCUGGCUGGUGUGUAUUCAGUGCAGGAACCACAUUUCUGGACGCUUUGUAGUGAUGUCUAUGUUGGUGCUUUGAAAUUAGAAGUAUCAAAAAAUGUCGAUCCAAAGUAUGUUAUUUCUCAUACGCAGAUGAUUUUUGCUUCUGUGGGGGUUAGGCAAAUUUAUGUUCAAUUGGAUUAUACACCAAUGUGAUGUUUGUUGAAUAGAUAAUUUUUUAUGAGAGAGGAACAUUCCAUGCCAUCAUGAAGAUUUUGUAUAUAGUGGGAUAUGGCAUUUGCAACUAAUGACUUUUUACAGUUUUUAUUGAAAACUAAUUUUAUAUUAUUUGUGUAUAUUAAAUUUCGCUGUAAGUACCAAUAUGUUAAUUUACCCGCCCAUCAUUAAACUUGGUAAUAGUA